AUGACGAUUGCUGGGCAGCAGCUGGAUGCCAUGUGUACUUGUAGUUGCAAGGACCGCUGCUGUGUGGCCAAUGCGGAAGGGCAGCGGGUGCACCAUCUAUCAGGCAGCCACGCGUGCACAGGGCAGCUGGAGUCGGAUUGGCAGGGGUGGAAGAUGGUUGCAUCAGCACACUCAUGCAACUGUGCACUAAAGAUAAGGCCCAACACCCGAGUGGCUGCUGACAUGUGGAUUGGCCACCUGGCGACUACAUGUGUGAUGGUCAUACCAGUGCUGGGCCAUUUGCUGGUCAAGCAGGGCAACCUAAGUGCUUUGCAAGUUGGGCUGCAUGACAUCAUGGGGCCCACUCUGGUCAUGGUGUGUGGCACCACCCCACUGCUCAAGCAGACUGCCAACAUGGCUGGGGGCAAGCUGCAAGCUGGGGGUCCCAUGCCUGCUUUGAGUGGGCAGCAGGUGACAAUGCUGUUUGUGAAAGUCAAGGUGGACAACCCUGCCACUGUCGAGCUAGUUUGGUCCAAGGUUGCUGCACUGGAUCUCAGCCAGCUGUGGAACAAGCUACCUCAUCACAAAGCAGCAGGCAGUUCCAUGCAGCAGGUUGACAUGGUGGGCCACAUGUAUGUGGCCACUGACAGUAGCAAUCUGGCUGGAUGGUAUGGCAGUGCAGGCACCCUGUCUCCGGUGGACAUGGAGUGGAGUCCACUGAAGGGCCAGGCGGAAAUGCAGUGGAGCCCUGACAAUCUAACAGGUGACGGAUCACCUGGACACAUUGGGACGGAUGGAGAGGUGGAGAUCCGUAUUGUUGCCACUGAAGAAGCAACGGUUGGCGACGGAUGUGCAGGCACGGAGCCAUUUGCUUGGGUGACGGCAGAGGAAGGCGACGGUGACGGAUCACCUGGACACAUUGGGACGGAUGGAGAGGUGGAGAUCCGUAUUGUUGCCACUGAAGAAGCAACGGUUGGCGACGGAGGUGCAGGCUCAAGCUAA